AUGGCUUCUCCAAUUUCCACUUUGAAUGGCGGUUUCGCCCUCGUCACUGGCGCUGCUUCUGGCAUCGGCCAGGAGACGGUGUUCUCCCUAGCACAAGCUGGCGUGGAGGGUAUCCUCCUCGUAGACCUCGAUCUAGAAAAGGCCGAAUCGACCAUAUCGGAAAGCAAGAAGUUCGCAACACAUUCGAGCUUUCGCGCGAUCGCCGUGCAAACCGACGUCACGGACGAAAAGAGCGUCGAUAAUGCUGUGGAAGUCGCGAAAAAGGAAUUCGGUCGUAUUGACCAUUGCGUGCAUUCUGCCGGCGUUCCUGACAAAGCCGACGCGAUUUUAAAGAUGGGAAACCUUUCUGGCGCGGUCACGGAACAUCUGAACAUCGAAAUGUACGAUAAAACCAUGGCCGUCAACGCCCGAAGCACGAUGCUGGUCCUUCGCGCUGUCUCGGGAGCUAUGGCUGCUCAGGAGCCUCUUGAGUACACGAGCUUUCGACACGGGACAAAGAGAAGUCUAGUACGAGGGUCUAUUGUCAUCGUCUGUUCUGUCAACGGCCUGGUCGCGGCGCCUGGCAUGCUGAACUACUCGGCGUCGAAAUGGGCAGUUAUUGGUAUCGCGAAGACGGCUGCCGUUGACAACAUCAAAAACCAUAUCCGGGUUAACAUCGUCUGUCCGGCGUGGACGCAAACGCCUAUGAUGGAGAAGAGUUUGGUGCGAGUGCCACAGUUAGGGCCGAUUAUCCAGGCUGUCAGUCCCUUGAAGAGAGGAGCUUUUCCGGAGGAGGUGGCCGACUCGAUCCUUUUCUUGUGUAGUCCGGCUUCGAGCUAUAUCAAUGGAUCGGUGGUGAACAUCGAUGCGGGUUUGACUUUGACGGUUCAGAGAGGACCGGCCUGA